AUGUUGAAGUACUUCAAUGAGAACAUAUCCCUAGCGCUGCAGGAGAGGUACAGGGACCUCCAUGAGUAUCGGAAGGCUGAAGUAGAGGACUCACCGAGGGAGGCCAAGGUACCGAAAAUAGCGGAGGAGGGUGACACGGUCGGCGGCGAGGGCGCGUUCGAGCCGAGCGCCGCGCCGCCGUACCCUCGGCUACUGGAGCCGGCCAAGGAGGAAGACAACUUCGUGACCAGCUGGCUGCACAACUCCUUCAAGAUGACGGCCGCUGAAGGGAAUAAUGAGGCUACGGCCGGGGGCAGCGCGCUAGACCUUCGCGCUGCACCCCUAUCCUUACACAUACCGCUGCAGAACGAGGCCCAGCGGUUCAAGAUGCAGGACUUCUGGACCCGCAGCAGGCCCGGCAGCCCUGCCCAGGAGACGGCAGACCACAACCAGGCCGGGCCCGCGCCACAGACACCACAACCACCGGCCACACCUGACCACAAGAUUAUUACAGAGAAACUCGUUAAUGAAAUACAGCAACAACAGUCGCCGUCCGCGGACUCCACGAUGAGUGAACGCUCGCUGGUACCCUUUGCUCUGGUAAAUUUACUGUCCUCACUCAAUAAUAUUGAUCCCCAGCAGCAGUCUCCAUCGGGCGAGGCUGACCGCACCAUGCUGCCGUUCGCACUGGUAAAUGUCCUGAAUAGCCUGAAUAUCGAUCAACAAGCCCGCUCCGGUCAGAGCAUCAGUGAAAGAACACUAGAAGAGUGCUGGUCAACACUUCAGCGAAUCUUCAUGCAUAAGAACGCUAUGCAAAUGCAUGCACGCGAGCUGCAGCGCGGGCUCGGCGGGGAGGUGAAGCCGCACCAGUGCCAGCAGUGCUUGAAAUCAUUCAGCUCGAACCACCAGCUCGUCCAGCAUAUAAGGGUCCAUACGGGAGAGAAGCCUUACAAGUGCUCCUACUGCGACCGAAGAUUCAAACAGCUUAGCCACGUACAACAACAUACAAGAUUACACACAGGGGAGCGUCCAUAUAAGUGUCAUUUGCCUGAUUGUGGCCGGGCCUUCAUCCAGUUGUCGAACCUGCAACAGCAUCUGAGGAACCAUGACGCUCAGGUGGAGAGAGCAAAGAAUAGACCAUUCCAUUGUAAUAUCUGUGGGAAAGGAUUCGCUACUGAGAGCAGCUUGCGGACACAUACAGCCAAGGAGCUUCAGCUGCACCUUGGUGUUUUGCAGCAACACGCAGCGCUCAUGAUAGGGGGCGCCACGGCCACCCCGUGCCCUAUAUGCCAUAAAGUCGUUUUCGGGGGCGAAGCCCUAGUAGAACAUAUGAAGAACACGCAUAAGGACCCCAACGCAUCCGGUGUUGCGAGUCCGCCAGCCACGUCACCAUAUCCUAAACUGGACCCGUAUGUAGCGAAGCGGCGUACGGCGAACCACCCGUGUCCCGUCUGCGGGAAGCACUACGUGAACGAGGGUUCGUUGAGGAAGCACCUCGCCUGCCACCCGGAGACACAGCUCACCAGCGGCCUGAGGAUGUGGCCCUGCUCCGUGUGUCAGGCUGUGUUCACACAUGAGAGUGGUCUUCUAUCCCAUAUGGAGCAUAUGCGGAUGGAGCCUAAGCACCAAUUCGCUGCUCAAUACGUGCUAUCACGAGCGGCCGCCGAACGACGGGAGAGAGACCUCAUAGCCGCUGUAUCAUCUGCUGGAGGGUCCGGACUUCUAAACUUAGCACCUCCAUCACCUGCACACUCCGACUCAUCAUCCAAUGGAAGGCUCUCAUCAUCAGCUGGCUCCGACGCCGGGGCAGCUGUCAACAAACUAUCAGACCUCCUCCGCGCCAACAACGGUCAAUACGGAGACGAAAGGGUCGCGGCCAUAGUAGCAGCAGCCGCCAACAUGAUGAGCCAACCAGGUGAGAGCAACAACGCUGUACAGGUAGCAGCCGCUAAUCUAGUGUCCGCUAUGAGACAACAACUGGCCAGGGAACCGCAGCAAGAAACACCGCCGCAGACUGAAGCGGCGCUCAGGAUACAACAGGCUGAGGCGUUACUACGGAGUCAGGCGGAGGCUCUACGACUUGCGGUGUCACAGGCGGCCGCCGCGCAUAACACAGAAACACCGAGCCCGUUGAGACACAACGGGGGAUUCCCCCAACCUAACGACGCGAGUGGACAACUGUCGCCGGAACUGGUGGAGGCUUUCAGAAUCGCGCAGGAACAGAGGUUGGAGCAAGCGUUACGACUACAUGAUCCAAGAAUGUUGGGCUUUAAUAUACCAUCACCGGUACAAGCGGCACAACAAGCUGUUGCCGCUCAAGCCCAAGCUGCUCAAGCUGCACAAGCUGCCCAAGCGGCCCAAGCAGCGCAGGCAGCACAGCAAGUCGUACAGCAACAACAAAUUCAAGCUGCACAAGCCGCUCAAGCGGCACAAGCGGCCCAACAAGCAGCACAACAAGCUGUCCACCUCCAACAAAACCCACAACCAUGA